CCUUGCUGUUUUGGUCCUUUUGCUCGUGCAUUCAUCUUGUGCCGGUCCAUCCUCGUUAAAUCGCAUUUCUAUCAUGGCAAGCACUGAACAGGAGAGCGUCUUUACAAAAGAAGAAGAGGCCGAUGUCCACUUCGAGCCCGUUAUCAAGCUUACUGAGCAAGUGGACACGAAAACCAUGGAGGAAGACGAGGAUGUGCUCUUCAAGAUGCGCGCAAAGCUCUUUAGAUUCGACAUUUCGUCGUCAGAGUGGAAGGAACGAGGCACUGGUGACGUUCGUUUAUUGGCCCACAAGGAGACCAAGAAAGUCAGACUCGUGAUGAGACGUGAUAAGACCCUCAAGGUCUGCGCCAACCAUGCCAUUACGUCUGAUAUGCGUCUCCAGCCGAACAUCGGAUCGGACCGAUCUUGGGUUUGGAAGGUUGCUGCAGACUAUGCAGAGAGCCCUCCGACCGCCGAGACGCUCGCUAUCCGAUUUGCUAACUCUGAGAAUGCUGGCCAGUUCAAGGAAAAGUUUGAAGAGGCGCAGAAGACAAAUGCUAACCUAGCUGCUGGUGCUGAAGCCGAGCCUGCCAAAGCUGAAGAGCCUGUGAGGGAAGAAGAGAAGGAAGAAGAAACAGCGGAAGAAAAGAAGGUAGAGACAGAGAAAGUAGAAGAGGAGGAGAAGGACGAAGAGAAGGAGGAUUAGUCUUUGUAUGUGCGAUGUUGACGAAAUGUAUAUCCCGUACGAACCUGUGAUUUCUAUUACUAUGAUCCAUUAACGUUGUGUGCUGUCAAAGGUCAUGCUGACUAUAUCAUUAAAUAUUACAC